CAAAAGGCCACCAGAACUCAUGGUGAUAAUGAGAAGAUGUACUCUGCUGUCAGGAAGCAAGACAGAGGUCAAACUGAUUCUCCCACUUAUACCACAUUGAGACACUGCAUCCCCUCUGGGCAGGAAGAACUGAUCCUUCUGCAAGAACGAGUAAAGCAAGGGACAAUUUCUGUGGAUGAAGCACUUGACAAAUUUAAACAAUGGAAGAAUGAAAAAAGCAGUUCAGCUAUCCCUCAGCAGGAAAAAGUACGCCAGCUCCAAGCCUCCAUUAUCGGGAAAAGAGUAGAAAAGGAAAAUCUGUACGAUAAGAUCACCAUUGAACAUCACCCACAUGUCUCCAAAUAGAACCCCAACAGAAAAGGGACAGAUGUCUAAUUAAUUGAGCUCAGUUCUUCAUUUGCUUGCCUAAGGACAUUCCACAUGUCUCCAAUCUACAUCCCGACUGCAGUUUGAUACAUAGCACGCAUCUAAGAAAGCAGCUAUGCUGUCAUGACCACAGUUUUGACAUCUUCAUCCUGAUAAAGUCCAGCAUCCCUAAAGCUAGCAUUAAUAAAGUUUCUCAUCAAGUCAGUGCUAGAUUUUAUGCUC